UCAAACCCCCCGAUCCGGGCCUCUACUCAGGUCUAUCCUCUUUGGAACCGGCCCUUAGAGUCCUUAAUUCAUAGCCUUCAUCACAGUUCUUAGUUGCCGAAGCUCGAAAGUUCACGACUAUGUACCCUUUUUCGUUGUUAGCGGCAACGGCUAUGGCGUUUUCCGCGAUCGAUUCCAUCACCGCUUGUAAUUAAAACCAUAAAUAAGCAACAAUUUUCUUACGAAAUUAAUUUUCGAGCCAGUGUCUAACCAAAGCCACGUGUCCCCAAACGGCCUUCUGACAUUUUCCAACAGAAACACUGCGGCAUGCUGAGAAGGGAUAAUGGCUGAGUUUGUGGAUGGCUGGUUUUUCGGACAUACCCUAGGGGAAGGCGCCUAUGGGGAAGUAAAACUUGUGAUAAACAAGACAACCGGCGAGGCUGUGGCUAUGAAGAUGAUUGAUCUGCAGAAGCAUCCUGAUGCUAAGCAGAAUAUGAAGAAGGAAGCGACUGUCCAUCGAAUGCUGUCGAAUCCGAACAUUAUUAGAUAUUAUGGACAGAGGAGUGAGGCUACAAUGGAGUAUAUUUUUUUGGAGUAUGCCUCAGGAGGCGAACUCUUUGAUCGAAUUGAGCCUGAUAUUGGUAUGCCAUCAUGGGAAGCUCAAAGAUACUUCAAGCAAUUAAUUUCAGCAGUAGAGUAUUUGCAUGGCCAUGGAGUAGCUCAUCGUGAUCUUAAGCCAGAGAAUCUCCUCUUAGAUGAUAAGGACAACUUGAAAGUGUCUGACUUUGGUUUGGCGACUGUUUAUAGACUGCAGGGUAGAGAGAGACUCUUGGAGAAACGAUGCGGUACUUUGCCUUACGUUGCACCUGAGGUAUUGGUACAUCCAUAUCGCGCAGAACCAGCUGAUGUUUGGUCGUGUGGAAUCAUUCUCGUUGCAUUAUUAGCUGGUGAGUUACCUUGGGAUGAGGCGAAUCCACAAUGUCCAGAAUAUGCAGCAUGGAUAGAAGCAAAAUAUAUGAGUUUGACCCCCUGGAAGAAACUCGACACAAUUCCUUUAGGUCUUAUUAGAAACGUUCUCAUCCACGCACCAGUCUCAAGAUUUAAAAUCACAGACAUUAAAACUCACCGGUGGUAUCUGAAGAAUCUCUGCAAAGAUAACUCUGAAGACUGCAUAGAUGGAGGUCGGUUAAAAUGCCUGCGUUACGACGAAGAAGCUAUCACAAGACUUGGUCUGUCCCAACCUGAAUUCCCAGAUACAGAGAAUCAGGUUUUCCAGAUAAACCUCGACGAACGUCCGGGGUUUUCAUUCUCACAACCAGCUGCACUGGAGGAUCUCUUCCUGUCAACGCAGCCUGUGCAGAAUACUCAAACAAGUCAAAACACCUUCCAGAGGCUUGUAAAGAGAAUGACGAGGUUUUUCGUCAAAACGGACUGUGAAGAAACUGUCCGAACACUUGUAAAAACGCUAAAAGAGCAGAAUUACACGUGCCGAGUUAAUGAUGUUGGAAUUGUAUUCUUCAAUUGUAUGUAGCUGCCUAUUCAAGCCCUGUUCAACUUCUUCGGAGCUACUUCCUAUAACGAAUAAUACCAUGUCAUCGGCGAAUAACCUAAUAUUGAUGUCAUUUCCAAUACAUUUUACUAUGUCGUUAAUAUAUAUCAGAAAUAACAGAGGUCCCAAUACCGAUCCCUGCGGAACUCCUGCUUUUACUUCUUUUUUCUCCGAUAUUCCCGAGCGAUAUAUUACAGUUUGAGUACGUUUAUCUAGGAAGGAUUGAAACCAAUUCCAUACCUUGCUAUCAAUACCAUAUUUUUUCAUUUUUGCCAACAAUAUAUCACGAUCCACAGUCUCAAAUGCUCUUUUGAGGUCAAUAAAUAUUGCACCGAUAAUGUUCCCCUUGUCAAUAUGAUUUCUCCAUGCAGAAACUACAUCCUGAACCGCUUUUUCACAUGAUUUAUCUUUCCUAAACCCGAAUUGUUGUUCAGUCAAAAUUCCAUUCUUU